AGAAUUUCUACAAUUUAAUACAAUGGUUAAAUGUAAAAGAAUAACAAAUAUAAUGUAUUGUGGAAUCAAUGUAUUUGCUUACAUUUAUAAAAGAACUAUGAGAUUGACUGUAAAUGAAGUACUGUUAAUUUGUGCUGUGUCGUUUUUUACUGCAUUUGUAUGGAUUUGGAGUAAUGUAGAAGACAAAAUCACUAUUAACACUGGUAAUCCUGUGAUAGUUUGGUGGACUACAGGUUUUCCUAGCACUUCGGAAAGCAUCAAGUGCGAAAGUGAUGUAAAAUGUGAUGUGUAUAGUAACAGGGACAUUGAAAAAAACUUUGAAGUUGGAGCAUAUUUAUUUUAUGCGAGCAACAUACAUUUUGAAGACUUGCCAUUGCCUAGAAGAGCGAGUGAAAUUAUAUGGGGAUUAUAUCAUGAAGAAUCACCACGUAACGUACAAGAAUUAUUGCACGAACCAACGCUUAGUCUAUUUAAUUAUUCGGCAACUUUUAGCAGGUAUAGUGACAUUCCAUUUCCUCUACAAUAUUUAGAUUCCUGGUCGGAUAUAGUUAGUAAAGAAUAUUUUGUACCAACGGCAAAGAAAAAUAGUUUCUUAAAAGAUUUAGCACCUAUAUUGUAUUUACAAUCAGAUUGUGAAACUGCAACAGAAAGAGAUUCAUAUGUACGAGAAUUGAUGAAGUUUAUUAACAUUGACUCGUAUGGAGCUUGUUUAAAAAACAAGGAGCUGCCGCAGAAAUUUAAAGAUGAUUACCUAAAUAAUUUGAAUGAUAAUGAAUUCCUACAUUUCAUUGCUAGAUACAAGUUUGUUUUAGCAUUGGAAAAUGGUGUUUGCGAAGAUUAUGUAACAGAGAAAUUUUGGCGGGCCAUUAAAGUUGGUAAUGUACCGAUUUAUUUUGGAUCUCCCUCCAUAAAAGAUUGGUUUCCAAACAACAAAUCCGCUAUUCUGAUACAAGACUAUCCCACUCCGGAAACUAUGAGUGUAUAUAUAAAGAAGUUAUUGGAAAAUGAUAAUUUAUAUGAGGAGCAUUUGAUGCAUAAAACCAAAGAAGCCAUAUCGAACAACAGACUGAUAGAAGAAUUGAGCGAGCGUCCUUACCAAACAGAUGCAUUAAAUGUAGCCGGCAAAUUCGAAUGCUUAAUUUGUAAAAAACUUCAUGAGAAGAAAACAAGACAAUUAAAAAUACGAGUGGUAAAUAAAAAUCAUUACAACUGUCCAAAGCCCGUUUCAGCUUUAACUUUAAAAGUAAAUCCUUCCAAUGAUUGGGUUUAUUUGUGGGACAAGACCCAAAAAGACGCAGAAGUUAUAUUUAAAAGAGUUAUACAAAGUUAAAAUAAAAUACUAAAUCAUGUUAAUAAAGUAU